UCUUUCCCUAAAAAAAAAUUGUCAAUACUUAGCAAGCAAGAAGAGCAUGAUUGGAAGGAUUUCAAGUAGUGAUCUGACACCUUUCUAUACUUUCACAGAUCUAAGAUUUCGAGUGCUGCAUGUCAACUCUUCACAGAUUUUUCUAUUCACUUUUUUAUAUUUUCUGUCAAUUAUAACCAAUAUACUAAAACACCAAUUAGUCUAAGUUAUCAUCUCCAAGAUAGAAGUCUCAUAACAAAAAAAAUAUAUAUUAUUUUCCCCAUUACCACCUUCCUCUCCAAAAUUCUAUGCUUAGUAUCAAAAAACUUUAGAAAUAUAAACAACAAUAACAUUUCCAUCUCUCUCUCUCUCUCUCUCUCUCUCUCUCUCUCUCAAGAAUGGCAGACAGAAGGACACCGCUGCCAUUGCUGUUUCGAAGGAGAUCAAGUACUGACAUGAUAAAGAAUUUGGCAACAGUCUCAAGCAGUCUUCUGCCUGCUUUUGGAACUGUUGUUGAUGAAUCAAACUUAGAACUCAAGAAAUUUGUCAUAGCUCCCUACGACCGCAGAUACAGGUUGUGGCAAACAUUCCUUGUGGUAUUGGUGGUUUACUCAGCAUGGGUAUCUCCAUUUGAGCUAGCUUUCAAGAAAGCAGCUACAGGUUUCAUGCCUGCCGAUUUGGUGGUUGAUGCUUUCUUUGCUAUUGACAUUAUCUUAACUUUCUUUGUGGCUUACUUGGACAAAUCUACCUAUCUUCUGGUUGAUGAUCACAAGAAAAUUGCUUCAAGGUAUCUCACAAGCUUAUGGUUCUUUAUGGACGUAGCCUCAACUCUACCAUUUCAAGUCAUAUACAGAAUUUUCACUGGCAAUAUGCACCAAGGACAGGUCUUUAGCUGCCUCAACCUGCUACGGCUCUGGCGACUCAGGCGUGUUAGUGAACUCUUUGGAAGGCUAGAGAAAGACACACGCUUCAGCUACUUUUAUACAAGACUCUUUAAACUUGUUAGUGUUACGCUAUUUGCAGUCCACUCAGCAGGAUGCUUCUACUACUGGAUGGCUGCGCAUCAUAAUCCACCAGAUAAUACAUGGAUUGGUAUUCAGGUCCAUGAUUUCAAACACAGGAGCAUCUGGCUAGGCUACACCUAUUCUAUUUAUUGGUCAAUUGUUACCCUCACUACAGUUGGCUAUGGAGACUUGCAUGCAAUAAAUACAGGGGAAAAGGUUUUCAAUAUGUUCUACAUGCUAUUCAACAUUGGCCUCACCGCUUAUAUAAUCGGAAACAUGACAAAUCUCGUUGUCCACGGCGCAGUUCGAACUUUUGCCAUGAGGGAUGCCAUAAAUGAGAUAUUAAGAUAUGCAAGCAAGAAUAGGCUUCCAGAAGGGUUGAAGGAGCAAAUGCUAGCACACAUGCAACUCAAGUUUAAGACAGCAGAGUUACAGCAAGAAGAAGUGUUAGAGGACCUACCUAAGGCAAUAAGAUCUAGCAUUUCUCAGCAUCUUUUCCGCAACACUGUUGAAAACGCCUAUCUGGUCAAAGGAGUCUCCGAAGAUCUCAUAACCCAGAUGGUGUCAGAGAUGAAAGCAGAAUACUAUCCGCCCAAGGUGGAAAUUAUUUUACAAAAUGAAUUUCCAACAGAUUUCUAUAUUUUAGUAUCUGGAGAAGUGGAGGUGCUGACGCACAAGAAUGGAACAGAGCAGGUUUUGUUAAAACUAGGAGCUGGAGAGAUGGCAGGAGAAAUAGGAGUUAUUUUUAAUAUCCCGCAGCCUUAUACAGUGAGCACCAGGAGGCUUUCCCAAGUCAUCAGGAUGAGCCAUCAGCAUUUCAAGCAAAUAGUGCAGCCACAAAGUGAAGACGGGAAAAUAAUUAUCUCCAAUUUUUAUCAGUACUUGAAGGGAUUAAAACCAGAGAUGCUAGAAGAAAUUCCCUUUCUGACGGAAUUGCUGGGUGACAUGAAUAUAGAGGGCACAGCAACCGAUGAGCAGCAAACAAAUUCUGCAGCACUAAAUCCUCCCAGAGAAGCAAGUAUAGAAGGAAAAGCAGAAACUGCUAAUCCAAUAUCAAGCAAAAAACCCAUAAGGGUGGUAAUCCACGGGCAUCAUCCUGAAGAAUGUUCAGAAGAAGGUGACACAUCGGGAAAGCUCAUUCAUUUGCCUGAUUCAAUUGAGGAUCUUCUCAAAUUAGCAGAGACGAAGUUUGGCAAAGAAGGAAACAUGAUUCUCAUGGAAGAUGGGUCAGAAGUGGAAGAUUUGGCUGCUUUAAGAGAAAAUGAUCACUUGUUUAUUUUCUGAAAGUUAAGACUAGUUUUGUUAAUGUUCAGCUAUAUUUUUGUCUUCGCAAGUGACCCUUCCAAGGACGAAACUCUGUUUCCUCAUAAAUGCAUUUGUUCGCGUCAGUGAGUAUAUAAGUGUCUACACAUACAAUAUGGUUGAUAAUAGCACGGCCAGUUGGUCAAGUAAACAUUUUGCAUGUGUUUUACAAACUCAAA